AUGGCAUUGGAAUUGAUUGGCGGUGCUCUUCUUUCUGCUUUCAUUCAGGCAGCAGUUGACAAGCUGACUUCUGGUCAAGUUUUGGAGUACUUUGGAAGAAGAAAACUUGAUGAGGAACUGCUGAACAGGUUGAAGCUCAAGCUGGUGUGCAUCAAUGCUCUGGCUGAUGAUGCAGAACAAAAGCAGGUCACUGAAGUGAGAGAUGCUGCCAAAGUUGCUGUGAAAGCAUGGCUUGUUGCUGUCAAUGAAGCUGUGCUUGAUGCAGAGGAUCUCUUGGAUGAAAUAGACUAUGAAGUCUUCAAAUGUGAAUUGGAAGCUGAUUCUGAAUCUCAAUCUCAAACCUGUACUUGCAAGGUAUGGACAUGUUUCAAGGCUUAUUCCGUCAGUUCAUUCGAUAGGGAAAUUGAAUCCAGGAUGAAACAAAUCCUUGAAAAACUAGAGUAUCUUGCAAACCAAAAGGAUGAUCUAGGUUUGAAAGAGGCUAGAGAUUCUGGUGUUGGAUCAGGUAGUAAAGGGUCAAAAAAAUUGGCUUCAACAUCUUUGGUGGGUGGAAGUGUUAUUUAUGGUAGAGAUUAUGACAAAGAAAUUAUCCUUAAUUGGAUGAUAUCUGACAGUGGGAGUGUUAACCAUCUCUCAAUACUUUCUGUUGUGGGUAUGGGAGGGAUGGGUAAGACCAUGCUUGCCCAACAUGUAUACAAUGACUCAAAGGUGGAUGAGGCUAAAUUUGAUAUCAAAGCUUGGGUCUGUGUUUCAGAUGAAUUUGAUGUUUUUAAGUUAUCUAAAGCAAUUCUUGAGGCAAUCACAAAGUCCAAAGAUGACAGUGGAGACCUAGAAGUGGUUCAUGGAAGACUGAAAGAAAAUUUGGAAGGGAAGAGAUUUCUUGUCAUUUUGGAUGACGUUUGGAACGAAAAACGAGACCUGUGGGAAGCUUUGCAAACUCCUCUUAAUUAUGGGGCAAAAGAAAGCAAAAUUCUUGUGACGACACGCAGUGAGAAAGUUGCUUUAGCCAUGCAGUCAAAUGAAGUACAUCACCUGAAGCAACUACAAGAAGAUCAUUGCUGGAAAGUGCUUGCUAGACAUGCAUUCAUUGAUGAAAAUUCUCAAUUGGAUCCGGAGUUUAAGGAGAUAGGUAUGAAGUUGGUAGAAAAAUGCAAAGGACUGCCUCUAGCCUUGAAAACAAUUGGAAGUCUCUUACACACAAAAUCGUCGGUUUCGGAAUGGGGAAGUGUACUGACAAGCGAGAUAUGGAGCUUACCAGAAGAACAUAACAAUAUUAUCCCCGCUUUGUUGUUGAGCUAUCACCACCUUCCCUCUGCUCUCAAGAGAUGCUUUGCUUUUUGUGCUUUGUUCCCAAAAGAUUACGAGUUUGACAAGGAGGAUCUUAUUCUGUUAUGGAUGGCUGAAAACUUUCUCCAAUACCCCCAACAGAGUAAGAGUAUGGAAGAAGUUGGCGCACAGUACUUUGAUGAUCUGUUAUCAAGGUCCUUUUUUCAACAAACUCAAAGAAGUAGGUCCAAUACAAGAACGAGUUAUGUCAUGCACGACCUUCUCAAUGACCUGGCAAAUUAUGUUAGCGGGGAUUCUUGUAUCCGAUUAGAAGUGAAAGAAGCACCAACUAUAUCUGAAAAGACACGUCAUUUCUCAUUUGAAAGUUACGGCAUUGAACAUUUUCACGGGUUUAAGGGUUUGCAUGAACCUAGGUUACGUACAUUUCUACCUUUACAAAAUGCAAAUUAUGUUUUUUUCUGGGAAUGUACGAUGUCGAUAGAUGAUUUGUUCUCAAAGUUCAGGUUCCUACGUGUCUUAUCUUUUUCUCAAGAAUGGAGUCUUACAGAGGUGCCUGAAUCUUUAUGCAAUCUUAAACAUCUUCGUUCUCUAGACCUUUCUCAUACCAAAAUAACAAAGCUUCCUGAUUCAACUUGUUCGCUCUAUAACUUACAAAUACUGAAGCUGCAUUCUUGUGAAUCAUUGGAAGAGCUGCCCUUGAAUUUGCAUAAACUCACUAAAUUGCGUCACCUCGAUUUAAGAAAAACUAAGUUGAGAAAGAUGCCAAUGCAUUUGGGGGAAUUAGAGAAUCUUCAAGUAUUGAUGAGUUCUUUUUGUGUGGACAAGGGCAGCAAUUUCAAUAUCCAGGACCUAGAAAAACUCAAUCUGCGUGAAGACUUGAUCAUUUCGGGGAUGCAGAAUAUUGUGAAUCCCUCGGGUGUAUCAAAAGCAAAUUUUAAGAGUAAAACUCACCUUGUGAGGCUGGAGUUAAAAUGGAGUGAGAAUGAUAAUGUUUCAGAGAAAGAAAAUGAUGUACUGGAGGAGCUACAACCUUCCAAAUACUUGAGAGAGCUAUCAAUCAGGAACUAUGGCGGAACAAAAUUCCCAAGCUGGUUUGGAGAUAACUCGUUGUGGAAUAUGGUGUCAUUAAAGUUGAGCAACUGUAAAAACUGUGCUUUGUUGCCUUCGCUUGGACAGUUGCCUGUCUUGGAAAUCUUAGUCCUUGAAGAUAUGAGGAAACUGGAGAAAUGGGAAUGUAAAACUGUGACGGGUGCUUUUCCACGUCUUCGAGAGCUUUCCAUAGAGAGAUGUCCUAAGCUGAAGGAGCAGUUGCCAGAGCAACUUCCUUGUUUGAUGAAGCUAAAUAUUAGAGUGUGCGUACAGCUUGUGGCUACUCUUCCACGGGCUCCAGUCAUUGAAGAAUUAAUGGUAUUUAGUAGUGGAAAGAUGCAAAUGGAUUAUAACCCAUCUACUUUGAAAAAACUCACCAUCUAUGGAAGCUUCAUCUUCAUGCAAGGAUCGCUGCUUGAAAGGAUUGGACCCACCAUAUCUGAUGCCUCUCUUGAAUAUUUGGUCCUUUAUGAUUGCCCGAAUGUGAAUUUUCCCACUCACCAUUGCCACAAUUCCCUUGUACAUUUGUCAAUCGGGCGUAGCUGUGACUCUCUAACGACCUUUCCGCUUGAUCUCUUCCCAAAACUCUAUUAUCUUAGUCUCGAGUUGCAUAAUCUACAAAUGAUUACGCAGGAGCACGCUGACAAUCAUCUACAGAUUCUGAAUAUUAGUGAGUGCCCUCAAUUAAAAUCAUUGCCUGAACGGAUGAACACCCUCCUUCCAUCUCUUGCUCGCCUAAUGAUAUACAAUUGUCCACAAGUGGAGUCGUUCUGUGAUGGAGGUUUGCCAUCAAGUCUCCAAUAUCUAAGGCUCGGGAAUUGCCCGAAAGUUGUGGCUUCACUAAGAGGGGCUUUGGAAGCCAACAACACCUCUCUGGAAUUGUCUAUUGGAGAAGUGGAUGUGGAGUCUUUUCCUGAUGAAGGGUUGCUGCCACUCUCUGUUACUUCUCUAGCAAUACGUGAUUGUCCAAAUCUUAAAAAACUGAACUAUAAGGGUCUCUGCCACCUCUCCUCUCUCGAGUCAUUGAUUCUUGAUGACUGUCCCAGCCUCCAAUGCUUACCAGAGGAGGGUCUGCCCCAAUCCAUUUCAACCUUCCAACUUCGAGGCAACUGUCCAAUGCUCAUACAACGUUGUCAGCAACCAAAUGGAGAAGACUGGGGAAAGAUUGCUCACAUAAAAGACUUACUGAUUUAG